GCUUUAUUGCUCCCUGUUUGACCUAAAUACAGCAUUAUCAACGGUCCCUCAAGGCAGACUAUCACACAGCCAACGAUAGGCUCUGAAGAACGACACAGUCUCGAGGUUUUUUUCUGGAGUGAUUCUUCGUCUCUUCAAGACGAAAUUACCGUCUGGAUCUCUUACAGCUGAAGCUUGAGCUCCUUUUGCUCUCGUUCGUUGCGUCGGGAUGGUUUUCGCGGAUCAGAAAUCACUACUGGCUGGAAACAAAACACGUUCUCCGGAAUGAUUUUAUAAUAAACCUGGGAGUGUUUUCUUUUUUGGUUUAAAAAAAGUGAAAAUCGUCCUGGAAGUACAGAAAAAGUCAAUAUGCUCGAAGAUACAGCGCCAAGACUGAAGCCGUGUCCUCCGUCGAGAGGUUCAUCGUUUUACAUUGAGAAUUUGCUGGGGACUACUUACAGAGGGACUUCCGCUGAGGAGCGGGAGACUCCGAGCUUCAAAGUUACCGUUCACGGCCACGUCUGUCCGGCACUGGGAACAAAACGUCUCGACGACGGUGCACAAGUGCUGAACUGGAGCGGGACAUCACCAAACACAGCGCACGGGACCUCCAGCAGCCCACUGCAUGAAGGUGAACGCACAGACCACGAGCCGACGAGCGACCGGGAUUCCCCUUCUUUGACAGUGCGGGCGGAGGAGAGCGAGGAGCCGGAGGAAAAGGGGGACGAGAGUUUGACGGACGACAGGGAGGAGGAGGAGGACACACGCUCCAGCUGCUUCUCUCGCGAAGACAUCUGCGAUGCAGGUCAAGUGAAAGCGGUGCGAAAGAAGAAGACCCGCACCGUGUUCAGCCGGAGUCAGGUGUACCAGCUCGAGUCCACUUUCGACCUGAAGCGCUACCUGAGCAGCUCAGAGCGGGCCGGGCUGGCCGCCUCACUGCAGCUCACCGAGACCCAGGUGAAGAUCUGGUUCCAGAACCGCAGGAACAAGUGGAAGAGGCAGAUCGCUGCAGACAUGGAGGCCAGCAGCGCUGGCGUCGCCUACGCUGCCCAGAGGGUCGCCAGGGUUUCUGUGUUGUAUCGCGAGAAUGUCGCCACGCCUGUGACGCUGACCAGCCUGCCUCGAGUGUCGCCACCUGUGGUCGGCUUUUCUAAUUCCAUCAACUACCCAUUGACUUCCCACUUCACCCAUCCGGUGUCGUUUAUAACACCACAGAUGACCGGACUGGUGUGACUUUAAGUGGUGUUUAAGCCGGGUAUAACUUUUGACUCUUUUGGCACCAAUUAAUCAAAUAAAGAUGCUGCAAAACUAUUCAUUUUAGUUCAGUUUCAGAUCCUGUGAAGUCAGAUAUCAAUAAAGUCGAUUCGUCCUGUGUUUAACUGGUUCUAUAAAUGCAGCCAGAUUUAUAUUAAGCUGAUGAUCCUUAUUGGCUGCUUUAAAGUCCUUUAAACAAGACCAUUUCUCCACAUUAGCAGUGUUUUUUUUUCUAAUUUGUUUUCAACUUAAGUCAUUUUAAGAUUCAGUGCUAGAUGUUGUGACUACGAAAGAUGUUGUUGCCUAUUUGAGAUGCCCAUAUUCCCAGCCAAUCCUGCCCUCAGGUCACACAUAGGUUAAGUAUAGAUUUUUUUGUGGGGGAUGAUUUGUUUCACAGAAAUUGUAAGAAUGAUCCACAUGGGAUCAAACAAGGGCCAAUAAGAUUUUGAGCUUGUGGAAUGCACCUGUGGUUGUA